AUUGAUCAACGAGGAGCUUGGCAUUGCUUAUCCCAUCAUUGAUGGCAUUCCUAACAUGAUCCCACAAGAUGCCCGAAAGAUCCAGAAAACAGAAGCAACUGAACACCCCCUCUAAAUCUUAGAAAUAAUCAUUUCCACCACAAUGUUUUUCUCCUUAUCCACAUUGACUGUUCUUGUGCCACUAAUAUCCCUGACCGGACUGUUUUACUCAGCGAGCGUGGAUGAAAACUUUCCCCAAGGAUGCACGAGUACAAACAGCUUGUGCUUUUAUAGCCUGCUGUUGCCUGUGACAAUUCCCGUCUAUGUUUUCUUUUACCUUUGGAAGUGGAUGGGUAUCAAGCUGUUCAGACACAAUUAGACACAAAAAAGUUAAACACAGAUAAAUCCACACAACUGGCUAUUUAAUCCGUCAGAAAUGACUGUGAACAGUGCUUGCUCGUAAACAAAGCACAUAUUGUUUGAUUUAUCAAGAUACACCAUGAAAUGUAAUACAGAACAUGUAACUGGAAGUAAACAUUAAAACAAUGCAGAUGAUAUUAAACAAACUGCAAAUAACAAAU